CGGAAGUAGCUCUCCGCCCUUGUCGGUGAGCUAUGGAGACUGUGGCGCUGUAGUGUCUGUGGUUGAGGAUUGCUGGGGCAGCGGCCAUGGAGGCCGUGCUGAACGAGCUGGUGUCUGUGGAUGACCUGCUGAAGUUUGAAAAGAAAUUUCAGUCUGAGGCGGCAGCAGGCUCAGUGUCCAAGAGCACGCAGUUUGAAUACGCCUGGUGUCUGGUGCGAAGCAAGUACAACGAUGACAUCCGUAAAGGCAUUGCGCUGCUGGAGGAGCUGCUGCCCAAAGGGAGCAAAGAGGAGCAGAGGGAUUAUGUCUUCUACCUGGCUGUGGGCAACUACCGGCUCAAGGAAUAUGAAAAGGCCCUAAGGUACGUACGAGGGCUGCUGCAGACAGAACCCCAAAACAACCAGGCCAGGGAGCUGGAACAUCUCAUUGACAAGGCCAUGAAGAAAGACGGACUGGUAGGCAUGGCCAUUGUUGGAGGCAUGGCCCUGGGCGUGGCGGGACUAGCUGGACUCAUCGGACUUGCUGUGUCCAAGUCCAAAUCCUGAA